AUGACUUUCUACCUCGUCACCUUCUGCUGCGCCUCUGCCGCGCUGGGAUCAUUCCUGUUCGGCUAUGAUUCGGGCGUGAUCUCUUCCAGUAUCGAGCAGGAGGCCUUUCUGCACCGAUUUGGAUCUCCAACUUUGUCUGACGCUGCCGCUGGGGGCAUUAUUUCCUCGUAUAUCGGAGGCGCAAUCGUGGGCUCGGUCCUCGCCCCAUAUGUUUCGGAUUACUAUGGCCGCCGAAUGGUCCUCUUCAUCGGCGGUCUCCUUGCCACUCUGGGUGCUGGCCUCCAAGGAGGUGCGGUCAGUAUCGCGAUGCUUAUCGCCGGUCGAUGCAUCGCGGGUCUGGCGACUGGGCAGAUGUCUGCCACUAUUCCCGUUUAUUGUACCGAGGUUGCCUCACCACAAAUUCGGGGGAUGUUAGCCAGUAUGCAACAAUGGAUGAUUGCCUUGGGGUUCGUGGUUGCUCAAUGGGUGGGAUACGGGUGUUCCCUUCGAGGUGGAGCCUUUUCCUGGCGUUUUCCACUCUCCUUUCAAGUCGCGCCAGCAAUAAUUCUCACCUGUAGUGUCUGGUUCCUUCCUGAAUCUCCAAGAUGGCUCAUCGAAAAGGGCAGAGAGGGAGAAGGCCGCUCCGUCCUCACCCGACUCCAUCUCAACCAGAACGCAGCCAACAACCAACUACUAGAACACGAGCUCUUCCAAAUUCAAGAGAGCCUAGCAUCCGAGAAGCAAUCCGCCGUGCGAUCCUGGCGCCAAUUUCUCCUCUCCCCGCGCUGGCGACGCAGGAUCCUCUUAGCCUGUGGCCUGCAAGUAUUCACCCAGUGCUCAGGCACAAACGUAAUCUCAAACUACGGCCCACGACUCUUCAAAGCACUCGGCCUUACACCAUCAACAUCUCUCAUGAUAAUCGGUCUCUGGGGCGCACUAGCGCUAUUCUGGAACACGGUCUUCAUGCUCUUCAUCGACAAAGUCGGGCGCCGGAAACUGCUCAUCCCAUCACUGUUCGGCAUGGGAGCAGCCCUGUGUAUUGAGGCCAUACUCGCGCGGUACAUCGAUUUCAGCGACCCUAACGCCAAUCCACAUGCUCUGCGAGCUGCCAUCGCCAUGUUCUUCGUCUUCUCGUUCUUCUUCACUGCUCUUGGCAUGAUCUCCUGGAUCUACCAGUCUGAGAUCUUCCCCACGCCCCUUCGAGCGCGUGGUUCGUCUAUGGCGACUGCCACGAACUGGAGCGUUAGUCUUAUCUUCGCGCAGUGCUCACCUAUCGCACUGAAAAAUAUCGGAUCCAAUUAUUUCUAUUGCUUUGUCGCGUUCAAUUGGGCGGCGAUGGUUGUUGUUUGGGCCUUUUAUCCUGAGACUGCGGGUUGUUCUCUUGAGGAGGUCGAGGAGGUCUUCAACACACAGUCUGGUGAUGAGCAGUCGGAGCGCUCCUUUGUUGACGAGAGCACUCCAGUGGCUAUUACACCGCGCUCACAGAUCCGACACAAGGGGCUGCAUCCGCUGUCGAUGCAUCCUACUUAUGACACUGUUAGUAUAGGUAGCAGUCACAGUGGGUCUGGGGUUGGGAUCGGAACCAAGGAGGUUUAG